AUGGAUGUUGCCGCCGAGGCUGUGGCGCUCAGGCAGCAGAUUCACGGAGCUGAGAAGGAGCUUGCUGCACUGCGUGCAAGGCUAGUUGAGAUUGAAGCCUUGCAGACAGUCUCCAAAACCACCGGGAAUCCCGAGAUCGACAACACGCCGGCUACAUGGAAAUGGCCACUCCGGGAAGAAGAGUACGCUCGCUAUGGCCGCCAGCUCAUACUCCCCUCCGUCGGUAUUCAGGGCCAGCUCCGUCUCAAGUCGGCGGCGGUGCUCAUUAUCGGGGCUGGAGGCCUGGGGUGUCCGGCUGCGGCAUAUCUGGCUGGUGCAGGUGUCGGCACACUGGGGCUGGUCGAUGGAGAUACCGUCGAGGAGUCCAAUCUACAUCGUCAGAUUGCCCACAGCAGCGCCAAGGUUGGCAUGAAAAAAGUCGACAGUCUGGCUGAUUUCUGUCGGGAACUGAACCCCGAGGUCACCUAUACCCGGCACGGCAUACAUCUGGAACCCCAGAAUGCCGAGGAAAUCGUAUCAAAAUACGACAUUGUCCUCGACUGCACAGAUCACCCAACUUCUCGCUACCUUGUCUCGGACAUCUGCGUCUUGCUGCAGAAGCCGCUGAUAUCAGCGUCGGCACUGCGGACAGACGGGCAGUUGAUUGUCCUCAAUAAUCCAGCAGCAGUACAGGGUCAGCCAGGAGGCGGUCCCUGCUACCGUUGCGUGUUUCCAAAGCCGCCCCCAGCUGAGAGCGUGGUGAGCUGUGGCGAAGGGGGCAUCUUGGGUCCCGUUGUUGGUAUCAUGGGUGUGCUACAGGCGCUCGAAGCAAUCAAGAUUAUUGCAGCUGGUGUGGGCAUGUCACAACAAGAGCCUAACACGCCGAGUCUUCUUCUGUUUUCUGCUUCUGGGCCGACCACGUUUCGGUCGAUGAAGAUGCGCGGUCGGAGACCCAACUGCUUCGCUUGCUCACCUCUCUCCGAGCUAUCUCUCGACACGCUCAAGUCUGGCUCGCUGGAUUAUGUGGCUUUCUGUGGCACCUCUGCCCCGGUCAGGAUAUUAGCACCGGAAGAACGGAUAUCGGCGACAGCUUACAAUGCGAUUACAAAAGAGAAUCCGAGGCCGGCCCACGUCUUGCUGGAUGUGCGUGAGCGAGAGCACUUUGACAUUGCAAGCAUUCAUGGCGCAAUCAAUAUCCCUUUUUCGACUUUCCAGAAGAAGACCCAGUCCACUGAGCAGUCCCGGCCGGAUUGGUUACCGGAAUCUCUACCCCCAGAUGCGCCCAUCUACGUUGUGUGCCGAGUCGGCAAUGAUUCGCAACUAGUGACGCAAAGGCUCAAAGAUGUGGGCUUGGAUGGGCACGGAGUCCGCUUCAUAGGUGACAUUUCUGGAGGCAUGCGCGCGUGGAAACAAGAAGUAGAUACAAGCUUGCCAUUUACAUAG